GCUGCGCCCGCCCGCCGGGCGUGGGAAGCAGGAAGUGCACUACAACUCCCAGAAGCCCCCGCGAAGCCGCGCAACGCCCGCCGGGAGCCGGCCCGAGCGCCCAAGAUGUCGCUGCCCAAGAGAAGAAAGCUUGAGUCGGGGGGCGGCAGCGCAGGAGGGGAGGGCGCCGAGGAGGAAGAUGGCGGAGAGCAGGAGGCCACCCAGGAGCGACCCCGGAGGACCAAGCGGGAGCGGGACCGGCUCUACUACGAGUGCUACUCGGACGUGUCGGUCCACGAGGAGAUGAUCGCCGACCGCGUCCGCACCGACGCCUACCGCCUGGCCAUCCUGCGCAACUGGGCCGCGCUGCGGGGCAAGACGGUGCUGGACGUGGGCGCGGGCACCGGCAUCCUCAGCAUCUUCUGCGCCCAGGCCGGCGCCCGGCGGGUCUACGCGGUGGAGGCCAGUGCCAUCUGGCAGCAGGCCCGGGAGGUGGUGCGGCUCAACGGGCUGGAGGACCGGGUGCACGUCCUGCCCGGCCCGGUGGAGACGGUGGAGCUGCCGGAGCAGGUGGACGCCAUCGUGAGCGAGUGGAUGGGCUACGGGCUCCUGCACGAGUCCAUGCUGAGCUCUGUGCUGCACGCGCGGACCAAGUGGCUCAAGGAGGGCGGGCUGCUGCUGCCCGCCUCCGCCGAGCUCUUCGUGGCGCCCAUCAGCGACCAGAUGCUGGAGCUGCGCCUCGGCUUCUGGAGCCAGGUGAAGCAGAACUACGGGGUGGACAUGAGCUGCCUGGAGAGCUUCGCCACGCGCUGCCUCAUGGGCCGCUCGGAGAUCAUGGUGGAGAGCCUGUCCGGCGAGGAUGUGCUGGCCCGGCCGCAGCGCUUUGCUCAGCUCGACCUGGCCCGCGCCGGCCUGGAGCAGGAGCUGGAGGCCGGGGUGGGCGGGCGCUUUCGCUUCAGUUGCUAUGGCUCGGCGCCCAUGCACGGCUUUGCAGUCUGGUUCCAGGUGACCUUCCCCGGAGGGGACUCGGAGAAACCCCUGGUGCUGUCCACCUCGCCUUUUCACCCCGUCACGCACUGGAAGCAGGCGCUCCUCUACCUGAACGAGCCUGUGCAGGUGGAGCAAGAUACGGACAUCUCCGGGGAGAUCACCUUGCUGCCCUCUCGGGAGGACCACCGGCUCCUGCGCGUGCAGCUGCGCUACAGAGUGGGCGACCAGGAGGAAAAGACCAAAGACUUUGCCAUGGAGGAGUUUUGUUUGACAGCAUCAGCAUGGCUGUGUAUGAGGAACGAUAUAUGACACCAAAGCCCAGAUGAUCCAGAGGAAGGCCAAGAUCUUUGGGAUGAAGACACUUCUAGAAGGAUGAGAGUGUGAGAUGCACCAACAUCCAGGCACUGUCCAAUCCCUGUAUAAACUGGUACUGAUUCCUUAGUGCCAUUUAGGCCACUGGAAGAACUACCAUUCCUAAGAAAAGAAAAGCAUGGUGAAGUUCUACCUGCUUUCCUCUAAUAGCUUACAUUUGUUUAGCACUGUGAAACUUUCCAAAUAUUUCCAUUAAUUCACUCAACCAAUGGACAUUUUACUGGGCAUAUAAUUUAACAGUCUUUGUGAUAAGCACUUAAGAUACAAACCAAUAAAAUAUAAUUGCAGCUUCCAAAUAGGUAUAUUCAUAGUAUAAACCAGAAAGUAAAUUAUAAUGGACUGAAAACUGGGUUGGUGGAGGUGUUAGAGAAGGCAGGUAAUUAUCUUUGCUUUAUAUUACUAGGAAAAAGUUACAUAGAGAAGGAUUUGGCUAAGGUUAUAGAACUAAUUCUAGGCAAUUAAGCACAAGUAUUUCAGUUCCUAACCCCAAGCCAAAAAUGUAUUGAUUAUGUUAUUCUUGCAUGCUUUAAUUUAAAAACAAGGACAUGCCUCUGAAAUGCAUGACAACAGUUUUUAAAUAAAUGAAGGAAACAGGGAAAAGUUAGUUUAAGAAUUCUCAUUGGAGAUCUGUCUCAUAGACCUCAAAGAACCACUUUCAGUAUACAGAUCUUAAGGUUAACAAAUACUAGGUGUUCACCGAAACACUUCCUCAACCCAUUUCCUUAAGAGCCCAUCAAAUGUGUUGUUCUUUCUGAGGCCCCCAGGAAACUGAAUCCUUAACACAUUAGCAAAGGUAGAUAACUGCCAUCCUGGCUAUAGGGGCUUGGUGCAGAAGAGCAAAGAGGCAUUCAUUUCAUUUUUUUUUCUUUCUUUUUAAUCCGAACCCUAACCCCUUUUAAUUUUUUUUUUUUUAAAGAUUUAUUUAUACAAGCACUGGGUACAGUCAGAAGCGCGAGAGGGUCUGCUGCGCCAUGUGGGACCCUCCUCACUGGCGGCCAGAAUCUAACUUGCAUCUAACUUGCGCUGCAGAGGCUGCGGGCAGUUUCACAACCCAGUGCUCAACCGCUGCGCCACUGGGGAGACCCUCCCUUUUAAUUCUUUAAUGAACACCAACUAUAACAAGUGCUAUGAUUAAAAAAAAAAAACAAAUCCUACCCUCAAAGAACUAGGAUACCAUGAGGAAACAAAAUUACUUAUACCAGUAAUUUGCAUACAUUAUUUAUCCUAGGAACACUUUAUUCCAAUUUUCCAAUUCAAUCUUACCUUUGCUAAAGAAAGGGAGAGCAGCCAGGCCUCAUCAAGUCCAUGCUUAAAAUUUCUCCCAAGUACAAAAAUACUAUAACAUACAUUGUAAGAUCCUCCCAGAAAAAUCCUCAGAUGUUCAUAAAUCUAUGUCCUGCAGAUAACUUUAUUUCAGCUAAUGGACAUAGUAUUUUGGGUAGAUGACCCUUCUUGUAUUGGCUAUUCGAAAGCUGAAUCAAAUUUAUGGGCCACUUGCGUGUUUUUUAAGUGUGUAUCUGGCUCUUAUUUGCAUACCCAAUCUUUUUCCUUGAUUGAUCUUUCUCAAUUAUAAUGAAUAUUACAUGUCUUGUUGGAAUUUAUGUAGCUUUUUCCUCUUCGAAUACUUUUGGCAUUAAAAUGUUUUCUGUAAUACCUGCAAGAUUACUUUCUGUAACACCUGCAAACGUUCUGAGAGUAAGGAGGUUGUAGAAAGGGACAAAUAACUCUGAAUUAGACCAUUUUUAUUUCCUAUGAAAUUCGUGCCCCAAAUUGUUUGUAUAGAGGGAUGUCUGAUUGAAUCACGCCCUUUAUUUAAUCACACAUUUUAUAGAAUCAAAGUCUCUGAAUGUAUGAAAUUCUCAGACAUAAAGACAAUCUUAAGGAAAUUUUGGCGUGUUCUACAGCUCUUUCUAAACCUAGAACAGUUGCUGACUGAGUCUUAAAUAUAACAGAAAGAAGAUUAUUAGCUUGCCAAACCUCUUCCAAAAAAUGUGUCAGAAUUGUCUAAAGUGAUGAUGGGGAGGAUGUAAUAAGACUAUUUUUCAAAAUAUCUUACAUGCUUGUAGGAAAAGAUGGUUAGAACAAAGGAAUAUAGACUUAGAAUUUUAAUAAAAAUUAAGAUAAGGCCAAUAACAUUAGAAUUAUCCGACUUUGGUAUCUUUGAUAAUUAAAUGCAUCAUUGUUAAUAAUGAAGAUUUCAGUCAACUAUGUAGCUUUUUAACUCUAAAAACAAGCACUUGUCUGACAUUUGGACUUUGUGUUUGGUGGUUGCUACCUGGUAGUGUUACAUAUUAAUCAUAGGAAUAAUCACAUAUGAAUCAGUCACCUCCCACAUUAUGUUCUGACGUUGCUCCUCUACUUACCAGUAUCUUUUAAUUUCACUCAUUUUACAGAAACAUGCUUGUUUCAGAACAUUCUGUCCUUUGUUACCUUUCCAGAAAUUAAAGCAAUUCAAAAUUCCU